GGAUUUGAAGUUUUUUAUCUGUUUUGAUGAUCUGAGGAAACAGUGAUGAACCUUUUUCCUAAAUUAAUCAACAAUCAACAAUUUUACACAAUACACAAUUCUUACAAACCGAAACGCUUCUGUUAGCUUUCUCACCAGAUCGCCAUCAUCAGGAUGAAGAUGCUUAUCGGCUGCUCUGCUUCCUUCCUCCUCCUCCUGCUGCUCAGCUGUCUGACUGAACCUGCUGAGAGCCGAACUCUGCAUCUGGACAGCUGCUCUGUCAGUGUUCACACACACGAGCUGCGCAAAUACUACGCACACAUACGAUCAAAUGCGAUUUCAGAAGACAACGAGAUCGGAAUGAAACUUCUGGAUAGAUCACUGAUGAAAAAUGUUCAGGACGGUCAGACAUGCUGUUUCCUGCGUCUUGUGUUGCGUUUCUAUGUUGAGAGAGUGUUCAGCAACUAUGCCUCAUCCGAGCCACAACAACAACGCUGCUCCAGCGCUCUGGCCAAUGCUUUCGUGAGCAUCAGAAGAGACAUCCAUAAAUGUCAUUGCCAAUGUGGAGAAGAAACCCAGAGAACAAUUGAUUCAGUGCAUGCUGAGUUUAUCAAGCUACAAGCAAACAGGGCAGCACAGAAGGCAGUGGGUGAACUGGACACUGUGCUGGAGUGGCUGGAAGCACUGGGACCCAAAACUCAAAGAAAUUGAGCUGCUCUUUACAAAUGUGCUAAUUUAAGUUUUGUGGCAUGUUGCAUUUCUAUGUUUUCACUUGAAAGAACUUGAUACUUAGUUGGGUUUUUUAUUACCGUUUUUUAUCCACUAAUGUGGACUGAAAUUGUAUGCUAUAUUUAUACCUGAACAAAAACAUGUAUACUUCUGAGGAAGCUGUUACUGUAAGAUUGUUUACUAGACUUAAAUGUUUGUUUUUAUUUUUGUAAAUACUUUAAUUUAAAAAUCAAUUAAAGCAAAAUACAACUGUAUUGUGCUCUCUGAGAGUUUCCUGUCAACAGCUGAUGUCUGCUCUUCAUUACCAUCUAGUGGCCAUCAGUGAAAAUUCAGUGUUGCUGUUUGUCCGAUAAUAGAUUAGGUGCCUGCUCGUGUGUCUGCUUCUGUGCUUUCUGAAAUUGUCUCAAAUCAGUAUUCAUGGUGUAGCCCACAUUUUAUCACAGUCUAGUAUUCUGCUUCGCACAAACGCUGACAGUAUCUGGGAACAUGUGGACAAAUUUCUUUAGUCUGUUGUCAGGACUGACAUCAGUCCAAAGGCAUUGUUUAUGAUUUUUAUGAUAUUUGGGAUUUAGUGUUAAAGGGGAUCUUUUAAAGUCCAGACACGAUAAUGUUAUGGCUGGAAGUCAUGGUGAUGCUUCCUCGGAUAUAUAAUCUAUGUUUGAAAGAAGAGAAGAGAAGAAGAGAAAAAAGAAGAAGAGAGAAUGUGUUUCACUUACUGUUAUCAGAUCAAAUCCAUUUAAUCUGAUGUGUCUUUUUUAUGUGCAGCAGAUGUACAGCUAGUAGAUAACUUGAUCUGGCAGGCUGCUCUGCCUUAUGAGCUUCUUAAUGCGCGGUUUGUUUUAUGCCUGUAAUACUGUAUGACUGGGCCUA